AUGUCGACGACAACCGCCAAGCGCAAGCGUGCGAGGAAGGCAUGUAUCCCAUGCCAUCAGCGCAAGCGAAAAUGCGACAACGUAUAUCCUUGUGGCAUGUGCACCACCUACAGAUACAACUGCAGCUAUGCCGAGAAUAAUACCAGUGGUUCUAUGGACGGCGGCGUGCAUAUUCCGCCUCCAGCCAAGCGUGUCAGUCUCGACGGUACAAGUCGUCUGAGUAGGACCCAUAUGCGGCGAGCACAUCACUAUGGCGAUGACUCGUUGGCCAAGAGUCCCACCGUCGUGGCCGGUGCAUCCCCGGGAAUCUUUGACGAGCUGAAGUUCAGAUACGCCGGGGCAUCGGCGUCCAUGGCAUUCCCGCACAUCCUGGGUGUGGCUCUCGGUUCCGACAACCCUCCAAAGAUGCGGUCGUUCGCUUAUAAUUUUGGCAUUCGCCCGGAGGAGGCAUCCGGUGCUCACUGCUUUCUGGGAAGUCUCAUCUCGGAGGAAGACCUUAGUUUUUUCUCGGAUGCGUUCUUCUCGGUAUUGGGCCCCAUCAUGGACGUGAUGGACCCAAGGAUCUACACGCAGCGAUGUCGGGACUAUUACCGUAGUUCUGGCAGCAACAACGCCGCAUUUGCCGCCGUGGCUGCUGGUAUCGCUGCUCUGGGAUCGUUCCUAUCUCCUAAUGGACACCCGCGGGAGUCUGACCUGGUGCAAUAUGCGAAAGCGAUUCUCGAUGAUCCGGCCUCCAUGCGCUUGCAUGAUAUCGACCACAUCGUCGCAUGGGGCAUGCGAGUGCUUUACCUACGCGCAACGACCCGCCCCAGCAAUGCUUGGAUCGCUUCGUGCACGCAGAUGCACCUCUGUGAGGCGAUCGGGCUACAUGAGGAAGAGAAUAUCAAGAAAAUAGCGUCCAUCGCUGGCGCUGCUGUCGUUGGACAUGACGCGGACCGGCUGAGGAGAAUUUUCUGGAUCUCGUGGGCCGGGCAUAACAUGCUGUCCUAUGAGUACGAUCGUUCACCUGUAGGAUUUCGGGCCGUGACUUGCCAGUCUAUCAUCUCGAUACCUGGGUGUGUUGCCGAUCAGUUCGUACAGCUGAUCCAGAUCAUCCCAUCGCCCAAUUCUCCGUUCCAGCUCGAACUGCGCCCUCCCAAUCCGAGUGAAGAGCUACUUGAGCGUCUCAAGGCACUGAAUGAGCCACAAUUUACCCAUCCGUUCCUGUUGGUGACGAAGGCGGACAUUGCAUUUUGCUUCUAUCGACGACUGUACCAGCUCAAGACCCGCAUACCAGACGAUCUCAUUAAGUUUGUCAUUGAUAGUGGCAACGCCGCAGUGGAGGCGGCCGAGCAGCAAGCUAGCCAGGGCCGUCUGUUCUGGAACGUCAUCGGCAGCGUCUUCCAGUAUACCUGCAUCCUGCUGGCCAUUGACACGCCCGUGGCCACCACCCACAUCGGCACCGCAUUGAAGGGCUUGGAGAACCUUGUCAAGGCUGCCGAUACAGCACUAACGCGGGAGGCAUUGUCGAUCGCGCGGCACCUCCUCAGCCUUCGUAUGGCAAAGAAGCGAAAAGAACUUGCUCAGCUAGAAGCUAUCGAGGCGGGCUAUGAAUUCUUUCAGACACCGUCGGCCUCUGAGGCUAACACUGCUGUGCCAGAUAUGGAUUGGGAAGUGGAGUGGGAUCAGUUCUUUAUCGAGCCAUAUAUAUCUAUGCUCGCGAUCCAGACAUUCUCAACCAUCAACCCAACCACGAUGCCCAAGUACGCCAAAGACCAGUCCGUCGACUUCAAAAACACCAUCGAAAGAGUCGCGAUUGUCGGCGCUGGAGGUACCAUUGGGUGGCAUAUUGCCAACGCCCUUUUACAGACCGGAAGGCACACAGUCACGGCCCUUACUCGCAAAGGCAGCGGGAACAGACUCCCCGAGGGCGUCCUCGUCGCCUCAAUCGACUACAAUGAUGAGGCCAGCAUGGUGGCCGCCCUCAACGGUCAGCAAUUUUUGAUCAUAACCAUGGCCCCUACCGCUCCCCGGGACUCCCACAGCAAGCUUGUCCAGGCGGCCGCCAAGGCCGGUAUUCCCUAUAUCAUGCCGAACGGGUAUGGCGGCGACAUUGGCAACACGAAGCUCGGCGAAGACACAAUGCUGGGGCCCGUCGCCAAGGCCAAUAGAGACGAGAUUGAGAGGCUCGGGAUGCAGUGGAUCACAGUGUGUUGUGGGUUCUGGUACGAUUACAGUUUGGCGGGCGGAGAUUCGCGCUUUGGCUUCGAUUUUGACAAGCGGUCCUUGACAAUCUAUGACGAUGGUAACACCAAGAACUCGACGUCGACGUUAUCGCAGGUUGGGCGCGCUGUGGCCAAGGUCCUGAGUCUCAAUGAGCUUCCCCAGGACGAAAAUGAUAACAGCCUGACUCUGUCCACGUUCCUCAACCAGGGCGUGUACAUUACGAGCUUUGUGGUUAGCCAAAACGACAUGUUUGAGAGCGUCAAGCGUGUCACUGGCACCACCGACGGCGACUGGACGAUUACCCACGUGGAUACCAAGAAGCGAUACGAGGAUGGUCUGGCGCAGGUGAAAGUGGGUAAUAUGGCUGGCUUUAGCAAGAUGCUGUACGCCAGGGCGUUUUACCCAGAUGAUCCCAGUGAUCUCUCAGCCAAGGGGCAGAAUGAGCUGCUUGGGCUGCCGGAGGAGAACCUGGAUGCGUCUACCAAGGUUGGGAUAGAUUUGGUCAAGGAGUUGCAGCUUCGUGUCGAGCGCAUGGCUGCCUAG